UGUGUGUGUGUACCUGUUACUCUGACAGGCAACGGCGUCCGGUAGUCCCCCGUAUUGUUUUAACGUCCCUUAGUCAAUAUUCCCCUCAUAUCAUCAAUUAUUAUCGGUUUUCAGUAGUUUCGUUAGUUGUGUUUUUCGUGGGACUCGAAGAUGUCUAGUGAGAGUGUGAAAACGUUUUCUAGUCUAGAAACCGCGGGCUACGUUGGUUUCGCCAAUCUCCCGAACCAGGUCCACAGAAAAUCCGUGAAAAAGGGAUUUGAGUUCACCCUAAUGGUGGUUGGUGAGUCAGGCCUGGGUAAAUCGACCCUGGUGAACAGUCUCUUUCUCACUGACCUCUACCCCGAGAGAAUGAUACCAGACGCCGUUGAGAAGACGAAGCAGACAGUCAAGCUGGACGCCUCCACCGUCGAGAUAGAGGAGAGAGGUGUGAAGCUUCGACUGACAGUUGUGGACACUCCGGGCUACGGUGACGCCAUCGACAACACCGACUGCUUCAAGGCCAUAUUCCAAUACAUCGACGAUCAAUUCGAGAGAUUCCUGAGGGACGAGAGUGGAUUGAACAGGCGAAAUAUCGUCGACAACAGGAUACACUGCUGCUUCUACUUCAUCUCUCCAUUUGGCCACGGACUCAAGCCCCUGGACAUUGAAUUUAUGAAGCAGCUUCACAAUAAAGUGAACAUUGUGCCAGUCAUUGCCAAGGCUGAUGUGCUCACUAAGAAGGAAGUGCUGCGUCUCAAGAAACGAGUGAUGGAGGAGAUUGAGGAGCAUGGAAUUAAAAUUUACUCACUGCCUGACUGCGACAGCGAUGAGGACGAAGAUUACAAAGAACAAGUGAGGCAAUUGAAGGAGGCCAUGCCAUUUGCUGUCUGUGGGGCUAAUACUCUGUUGGAAGUCAAGGGGAGAAAAGUGCGGGGGAGAUUGUAUCCGUGGGGUGUUGUAGAGGUCGAGAAUCCCGAUCAUUGUGAUUUUAUCAAGCUCAGAACUAUGCUCAUUGCUCACAUGCAGGACCUGCAAGAAGUAACUCAAGAAGUACAUUACGAGAACUAUCGAAGUGAGAGAUUGGCUAAAGGAGCACCGGCGCCCCCAAGAAGGCAAACGGUAAUUGAGCCGGAGAAACCAGCAGGAUCAGAAAUAGAUCGUAAGCUCCAAGAGAAAGACGCUGAGAUCCGUCGCAUGCAGGAGAUGCUGGCAGCAGUUCAGGCGCAGAUUCAGCAUCAGCAGUUGUAAUCCUUAACAAAUUGAGGACUGAAAUGUUUCUCCUUGUCAGGUGCCAAAAGAGAGUAAUAAUCACCCAAUUGGGAGUAAGAAUAUCCAGAGAGAAAGGCGUAACGGUGUCAGACUCCGCGUCGUGCAUAAUUCAUAAAACCGUCAAGACCGUUACACAAUUCCACGUAUCAAUUCAUAAAAAUAUAACUCGAUAUAUUUUUUGGUAAUACGAUAUUUUUCAACGUCGAAUGAGUGAAUGAGUCAUAUUAUCUUUCUUGAAGCUAUCAUUAUUCCCAUUUACAGAACCUGAAAAGUGCCUUGCAGUCCUCAUAUUUUUUUGCUGAGAGAAAUGUCAUAUUAUUGAAUUUACAGUAUUUCUCAUUGGCUCUAUAUUUGUACAUAUUACUAUUGAUACUGCUGUGCACUCUGCUACACUGUUGGAAAAUAAUUGAAAUUUCGUGGAUAAUUGACUAGCAUUUCUCAGGAGAGCGCCAUUUCGGGGGGAAAAAAUGAUAAAAUUUCAGAUUUCCCUGAAAAUUCGAUGAAAUUUCAAUCUAAGGAUGCAAAAUUAAAAUAUUCAGCAGAUUUAAUUGAGCAUUCACUUGAAUGUCUCUGAUUACUUGAAAUUUCAGUGGAAAUGAAAUGCGAUGAAAAUUUCCAAUAAGUGUACCAGAAAUUUCAAUCAAAAAUCUUCAACAGUGUACAUGGUUCCUCUUUUAGCCUCACUCACUGAUUAGAUUUUAAGAUUAAAGUCGAGAGCCUAAAUGAGUGAAAAAAGUGUCUGAUAUUUUUGUGCAAUUUUUUAUACGUCAGCAGCACCUUUUUUCAACAUUUUUCAUUUCAUGUAUGAAGCUUGUGAAGUGGUAAAACGUGAUGUGUAAUUCGAUUAAAUUCCAUUUACUUUGAAAAUAGAAGCAAUCGAAUUGUUACAUUUCACGAUUUUGCUCAUCUGCAUUGACUAUUUACUUAAUUCAAGAACUUGCAAUUCUCUAAUCGUAAAUCAUUUCGUUUUAUAAAAAAAUCUUCCUUUUACUGUGAUAAGGAACCAUAAGAAAUUGACGAAUAUUUCCACACAUUCUUCCACAUCUAAUUUACUCAGUAAUUAUAGACUCGAAUUAUUUUUACCAAAAUUUUUUACCUUUUUGUAUUGUACUUUUCGUAAAGUAAAAAAAAAAAAUCGGAAGUACGAUCUGUGGUGACGACCAAAAUGCAGAAGUAAUAAGUGAUUCAAGUAUUCUGUCACUAAAGUUUAAGGUUUAUUUCAGUACUUAUGUAAGCUUUUCUCAAAGCACGGGGGAAACGUGCAGAAUUUAAUUAUGAUAAUUUCAUUUACACGAUUAUGUACAACGGUCAGGCUCAUUUGUGCAUGUAGUAAUCAAUAGCUGUUGAGAAUGCUGCGAAGCCAGCAGCGCCGAUUAUACCCGCCUUGACACCGGCUGAAAUAAUUUCUCGAGUCAUUGAUUUGAAUUUUACAAGUUUUCAUUCGAUCUCGUUUGAGACAUCAAAGACUUACCUCUGAGACCAAUGAGACCUCCAGUCAGGCCACCAGCGUAUGUACCAUUCUUCCAGUCGGAUUUGCCACGGUACUGAAAUGUUUAAUUCAUUCAUUAACAUGUAUACAACGAACUGAUGAAUAAACCUUUACAGAUGAAUAAA